AUGGCUCCCAAAACUGCCGCCGCCAGCAAGCCUGCUGCUGAUAAGAAGCGUAGAUCUUCCAGGAAGGAGACCUUCAACAGCUACAUCUUCAAGGUGUUGAAGCAAGUGCAUCCUAAGACCGGUAUAUCCAAGAAGAGCAUGAUGAUCAUGAACUCGCUGGUGAGCGACACCUUUGAUCGUAUAGUCUCGGAGGCCGGGCGCCUUUGUAAGUACAGUAACAAGGGAACUCUCUCUAGCCGGGAGAUCCAAACUGCGAUUCGCUUGGUCUUGCCGGGUGAGCUGGCCAAGCAUGCCGUCAGUGAGGGCACUAAGGCUGUGACCAAGUUCACUUCCGCGUGA